AUGAAGGUCAAGGUCAAGUCGUGGAACGCAGUGGCAUACUGGCUAUGGGAUGUCAAGGACCCAGACGACAUUUGCGGUAUCUGUCAGAGCAACUUUGACGGCUGCUGCGCAAGCUGCAAGGAGCCAGGCGACAGUUGCCCACUGCUGUUUGGCAAGUGCAGCCACGAGUUCCAUCUUCACUGCAUCAUGAAGUGGCUGCAGGACAACGAUGGAUGUCCUUCUUGCCGUCGACCGUGGGAGGAGGUGGAAGGCACCACCAUCGGAUCGGUCACGGCAGCGCGGACCGCAGCCGAGGCAUCGUGA